GCAUACUCAAAACGACAACGUUUCGCUUCAAAAAAAACUGCAUUUAACACGAUCAGUUUCUCCAACUAACUUUAUCUCUUGCGAUCGGUUUGUCACUGUUGGGUUGGGGUUUCUGAGGUCUGUUAUAAUUGCUGCCUACUGGUUGAUCUGAAGGAUGUCUCAGGCGGACAAGAUUGUGCUUAAGAGUUCGGACGGCGAGACCUUCGAAGUGGAGUUGGCGGUGGCGUUGCAAUCUCAGACGAUAAAGCACAUGAUUGAGGAUGAAUGCGCCGAUGCAGCGAUUCCGUUGCCCAAUGUUAGUAGCAAGAUACUCGCUAAGGUAAUUGAAUACUGCAAGAAGCACAUCGAGGCGGAGGCUGCCGAAGGUAGUAAAGACAAAGAGAAGAUCUCUUCCGAUGAGAGUGAAAAUCUAAGAGCUUUUGACACCGACUUCGUCAACGUUGACCAGAUCACCCUGUUUGACCUAAUUUUGGCUGCAAACUAUCUCAACAUAAAGAGUUUGUUGGAUUUGACUUGCCAGACCGUUGCUGACAUGAUAAAGGGGAAGACUCCAGAAGAGAUUCGCAAGACAUUCAACAUUAAGAAUGACUUCACCCCAGAUGAAGAAGAGGAAGUUAGGAGGGAGAAUCAAUGGGCAUUUGAGUGAUGAUAAUGUCUUCUGUUAAAAUAGGAUUAUUUUAUCCAAAGUUAUGUGUUUGUAAGAACUCUGUGGUGUGGAAGUGUAAUUCUGUGUUUUGUUUAAACGCCUAGAAGGUUGAUUCUGAUGAAAUAUUUUAUCAUUAUAUAUAUAUAUAUAUAUGUUUGUUUCGAAUUUGCGAUUUCUAAA